ACGAGCUAUUGCUUUUUACAGUCUCGAAGAUACGACUCCAGAACUACCAUAUUUUCUCCAGAAGGUCGCUUGUACCAGGUUGAGUAUGCAAUGGAAGCAAUUGGACAUGCAGGUACUUGCUUGGGAAUUCUAGCAAAUGAUGGUGUUUUGCUGGCAGCAGAGAGACGCAACAUUCACAAGCUUCUUGAUGAAGUGUUUUUCUCGGAGAAAAUAUACAAACUUAAUGAGGAUAUGGCUUGCAGUGUUGCAGGAAUAACUUCAGAUGCCAACGUUCUAACAAAUGAACUGAGACUGAUUGCGCAGAGGUAUUUGUUACAAUAUCAAGAGCCCAUUCCUUGUGAGCAACUGGUAACAGCACUAUGUGAUAUCAAGCAGGCUUAUACACAGUUUGGAGGAAAACGUCCUUUUGGUGUUUCGUUGCUGUAUAUUGGCUGGGAUAAGCAUUACGGAUUUCAGCUAUAUCAAAGUGAUCCUAGUGGAAAUUACGGAGGGUGGAAAGCUACUUGCAUUGGGAAUAAUAGUGCUGCAGCUGUGUCAAUGCUAAAGCAAGACUACAAAGAAGGAGAAAUGACCUUAAAGACUGCACUUGCAUUAGCCAUUAAGGUUCUAAACAAAACCAUGGAUGUUAGCAAACUUUCUGCAGAGAAAGUUGAAAUUGCAACACUGACAAGAGAGAACGGAAAGACAGUAAUAAGGGUUCUGAAGCAAAAGGAGGUGGAACAGUUGAUAAAACAACAUGAGGAGGAGGAAGCAAAAGCUGAACGUGAAAAGAAGGAAAAAGAACAAAAAGAGAAAGAUAAAUAGAAUAUGAAAUCAAGUGUUCUGUAGAUAAUAUAGGACCUGCUUCAGUAAAAGAUAAUCUGGAUUUCUGUUUUGUAGAAGCCUACGAAUAUGCCAUGGAGGACCCAGAAUUACUUUUGAUGAACCAGGUCCUUAAUAAUCAUUCAGAUAAUUAGUUUACUGCUCCUUACAUUGACCAAUAAUUGCUUUAAUUCUUGAACGCUCUACUUCUUUCAUCUUCUAUUUUUUAUUAUGGAAUAAAAUUUAAGAAGAAUAGUGAUGGGUGUCUUUAUUUCCUCAGUAAUGCCUGGAUAUGCACAAUCUUGAGGGAUUUAAUCGCUUUAAACCAUUAAAACAAGGUAUAUGCUAGUUGGUAAAGAACAAAUAUGGUGUUAGACUUGUUAGAAUUUUGUGUGUAUGUGUGGGUUUUCCUUUUAAAGUAGUGAAAAGGGCUCCUAAGUUUGAAAAAUCAUUUCACAAAUACAGAAUUUAAGUGUGCUGGCAUGCCAA